GUCAAAAAUCAUUUGGACUGGGAACGAAAUCAAAGGUGUUGAAAGACAAGUAACCCAAUUCCUAUGUGUUUUGCACAAGAUAGUUGGAGGGUGGCAUCAAUCAGUUGGAGAUCACAUAUUGAAGACAAUCUAGUAUCUAUGUUUCUCUAAUCCGACAGCAACAGGAACCAAUGGGUGGAAGAACUUAUCAUUGGUCCAGUUGAUACUAAGGACCCUCGUGGCUUUUAGUGAGAGUUUACAUAAGUCAAUAUCACACGCCCUCAAUCGGCCCCACCCACAGCGCGCGCUUCUCUUCUACAAACCACCCCUCCCCCAAUGCAGCAUACUUGGUUUUUUAUUACAUAGGAAAAAUCCAGGGGAUUAUCAAAUAAAACAAGGAGCAACGAUGAGCAAGAGACGUGAACUAAACCCAGAUCAAAGAAGAGCGAAGAAUGAGGGUGAUCGGCGACGCCGCCGAGAUCAUAAAAUGGAGUUUCAGAGACUCCAGAUGGCGGAGGCGCAAUUGGAGCCGCUAAGAAACGAAAAUAGGCAUUUAAGAGAGGAGAUUGAAAGGCUGAACGCUAUGUUGUCAAAUCUGAUGAACACGAUACAUCAACUACGUGAUGAGAUACGGCAACAACGAGAAACCGAGGAGAUGGUUGACUCAUGGAUUCAAAGUCCCAAUGAAGAUGGUGCAAGUAAUGAGCCUAUUACUCGAGGGCAUUAAAAAGUGCUCUUACCAGCUAGCUUUUAGUUCUCUCCAAUGCGCUUAGAUGAUGUGAUCCCCUUUAUGAACUUUUACCACAGUGCAUACUUUAUGAACUUGGUAGUCUUAUAAUAGCUAUGAAAGUAAUUUUAUCCUUGCAGUAUCGUGCUAGUCUUUGUGUGUCCAGCACCUGUUAAAAGUUGGGUUUCCUUUCGUAGAAAGACCAAUCUUUGUGUAUGUAGCAUUUGUUAAGAGUUGCAUCUUUUGGGGUACAAA